AUGGACUUCCAGCAGGACGCUUUAAGAGGUAUAAAUUUAUAGCUGGUGAUAUAACCUAGGUUUCAGUGCCCCAAUCGCCAUUUAACCCUCGGAAGCACACGCAAAUUCAUACCCUACUCUGGUACAGGGAGGGGUUCGAUGGAACCCUCCCAGAGUUUUCAAUAUCUUGCAGUGUUUCGAAACGAUUUUUCCUUCAGUGGAAAGCCUUUGAUCUCAUCAUGAGGGUGAGGUACCGUAAAUGAUCUAAUAAACGCCCGGGCGUUUAUUUAAUUUUAGGGGUCCAAGAGGGGGCGUUUAAUAGAUAGGAGGCGUUUAAAAGAGAGAAGCGUUUAUUCUCGUAACUUAUUUUAACGAACUCAACAAAACUGUAUACAGUAUGCUUUCGGCCAAAGACGUUUUUGUGUUAACAGAAUCUCGACUGCGGGCUGACGGCUUAUCCUUACUUUGAACUAGAAAUUGAACAUGACAGAAUACACAAACCGAUGUUAAUCAAGCAAUGAAAUUAAUAAAUUGAUUGAAUGUGCUCUAUUUCGCCAUUUCCUAGUAUUUUGGAGCAAUUUUCACUGGGGACUUUUAUUAGAGAGGGGCGUUUAAUACCAACUUACCAGCGUAAGGGGGGCGUUUAUUAGAUAAGAGGCGUUUAUUUGAGAGUGGGCGUUUAUUAGAUCGUUUACGGUGUUACUUUGUGGGUGGUGGCGCUGAUGGAGGCUUGUGACGUCAUCAACAAUGGUCGCCAUCUUGGUCGCCAUUAUCGUUGCCAUCUUGGAUUUUACCAAGAAUCAGAAAUCAGGUUGAAAUCGCGAUAAAUUGUAUUUUUUUUUUUUUUGUGCUUGGCAUGUAAAAUAACACAUAAAUAAGCACUUUGUGUUAAUUCAUCGACAAUUUUUACUUUUAUUGCUGAAAACAUUUGGAAAAAACAUGCAUUUCACUCAAAAAUAGCCUGGUCCAGGCUCCGAGAUGGUAGGUAGGUACGUGGUGUAAAACAACUGCUACUUAUGACGUCAUAUCUCGUAACCAUAGAAACUGGCCAUCACUAAACUAACUACUAGUUAGAAAAACGAACAGCUACUGCAAACGUGAGGUGCUGAUGUUUUAUCCUCUACGAAAAAAGAAACACAGAGGGCACGGGGGUGGUAACCACCCACUGCCCCCCCUGCCUCCCUGCCCUGAACAUAAACUAAGCGUUUAUUUAGUCGACCCAUUAUUAUUCCUCUAAGCACGUUUUUGCAGCAAAAAGUUAACACGUUGGUCAAAGAGUUGAAGCAUGGGGGUGAAAGAAAUUGCGGUCAAAACGUAUUUUUGUCCCUCUCUUCUUGUUCCUCGUACGUGCUCGGUAUCUAAUUAAACCAGUUUGUGAAAUCGUCCUAUUUUUAAACUAGCGCCACAGUGUUAGGGUCGUGACGUGGUAUGUGGGAAUAGGGGAUGUAGGGGAUCUAGGAUGAUUUGGGUCAGAUCAGGGAUCACUGUGGCGGGAUCAUGAUCAGGUUGUAAAUUUGAAAUUUGGUAUCACUUCCACAACUGGAGGGCUAAAUAUAAACGGUAAGUGUAUUUAACGUCACUGCUACAUUUCUGAAUACUGCUAAGUGAUAUUUGAGAUAAUGGCUGUUUUAUGGCAUCUCCUUUAUCACAAUUUAAGAGAAUUUUGGGAUAUCAGAUCACAGCAAUGGGAACAUUACUGAUCCCAAUUACUCCGUUACGACCCUGUCGGUCAGAAGCCAGUCAAAAAAUAUGAACACUGCUGGGACAACAAAACUUGUCUUUUUAACGGGCUGGUGUCAUCCUAAGCCGCUUUAAAACUUGGAAUGAUUGAUACAUUUAAUAGGCCAUUUUUAAGUUGCCUUAAGCCUCUGCUUCAAAGAGAGGCUAAGUGCGAAGCAAUUAUAUAUUAUGGAAAUGAUUUUUUUCAUUCACAUGUAAAUAAAGCUCAUUUUCACUACAAAGCGAAAGUGUUUGGAACUCGGGAAUGGCCUGUAGAGAAAUAUGUCUUUUCAGUCACUGACACAGGUGGCUUGGGAGAAAAAAUCCAAGUACUCCCAUUAACAGUGGAACAGAAGCAUAUAACCCGAAGCGUAUAACUUUGUCUCAAUGCUCGGGUUUUUUAGGGAACCAAUCAAAAUUUACUUCCUAAAAUGGAAUUACUGAUAAACGAGAUUGUCGUGCGAGUGCUCUAUAGGAAAACUUGUAUCACGAUGUAAAUGAUGCGGUGCAAAAAGCAUUUACUGUUUUACGAGGUAAUAUUUGACAAAAAAGCGGAAUACAGUAUUAAUCCCCAAAUGACCAAGACUUAGUUAGUUCCUCCUAACAAGACAAAGUCGACUACCAAUAACAUGCACCGUAUUAAAAAGAGAAGCGAUUUCUUAAAGUUGUUACUUCAACUGACGAUUUUUGCGUAACCAUUAGGGCAAAUAACCUUUAAAAAAAUCAGUUACUAUCUAUCCAGAAUAUAUAUUUAAAAUAGUAACACAUAUUUUAAAAAAAAAUUCACUAGUUGCUGAACUGAAAAGUAUAAAUUGUAUAAAAUUCCUGGCAUCUUCGCAGAAGUGAUUCUAGUAAUAAGACACUGAAUGAGAAGGAUGAAACGCAAGUUAUAAAGACUUAGACGCGGCGAUCAUGUUUUCAACUAAUGUUUUGAAUGGAAAACAGAAAAAACAAUAAACAGACAAAUUGUUUCUUGAAAAUUUUUAUGCGAAAACCCAUAAGUUUACCGUUAAAAGCAAUUCACGUAACACUGACUGGAUCGUCAGGAUCCGUUUCCACAAGUAAAAUCGGCUGAGCACAUGGCAAAAACACUAAAAUUAUCCGUCUUAAAUCGGGCGCAUUUCCCAUUUUUUUUUUUGAAAACUCUAUCAAAAAUAUAUAAAACGUCUAUGAAACAUUUCUAAACACAUAAAUUUCCUUUCAUCAUCGUACUUUCCUUGAGCAUAAUGUGUAAAAUGUAAGUUUACCUGAAAAAUCUGUAAAACGGUUGCUGACUUGGUCGCAGUGCAGAAAACUUGACAAGCACUCCUCCGUGAAAGAAACAAGGUCGAAGUCCUCGAAGGUAAAUUUCGCAGCUUAAGACUUUUCUUUGUCCCCAACAAGAAAAAAAACUUUUACAUGUCACACGUCUAAUCAAAACUGCCAUACAUGUGUUCGCUUGCUGUUCUGAAUGAAUCAAAAAAAUCUACACUCACAAAAAAAAAGUUCCGUUCCGACUUCGUCGGCGUCUUGUACAACGUUUCUGCAAAGCUUGCCAUAUCAUUUUGUUUGUAGUCACCAUGCUGGUUUUACUGAAUGAGAGCAGAAGUUGCAGAUAACUGGUUUGGUGUGGUAGACAGGUUUGCAGCUAUUAGCCUGAGGAUGAUCUUUGUCGGUCAAAGGGGCUGCAAACGCAUUUUGCGAUAUCGUGAAAAAAUGUAAACAUCCUUGUCUUAUUUCGUCGCUGGUCGAUGUUUUCAAGCCAUACCGCUUACAACUUUGUGGCUCUUUAUGUUUUCCCCAGGGUUGCAUUUUAUAUCAGCAUAAUUACUUUAUCUUUUAUGCCACAAAACGAUUUCUUUCGGUUGUAGACAUACAUGUACAAGCGUUGCAAGCUCAAAGCUUGAAUUCUCUGAUUCCAUAUUUGGGCAAAAUAUUUUUCCGUAUUUCUGAUUGGACGGCUGCGUCGGCUAAAAAACCCGAGCAUGGUUAUAAACAGAUAAGGGGAAUUUAGACGCUUCGGGGUUACAUGCUUCUGCAGUGGAACCUAUGACCUUCUGGCCCCAGUUGCUCAAAAGUUGGAUAGCGCUAUCCGCCUGAUAAAUCACUAUCCAGCGGAUAAGUGUUAGAAAGCGCUAUCCAGUGGAUUUAUCCGGUGGAUGGCGCUAUUCACCUUUUGAGAAACUGAGGCCUAGUUUAGAUGCUCUUGACUGACCCACAGGAGACUCGUGGAAGUCACUAUUCAUUUGCUGGAACUUGCAUAUAUCACUCGAACUCUCGAGCACACAUACAUUUAGACUACCGUUAGUUGUCAUAGAGUGUGCGAGGGGAACGUGUGUGAAAUUUCUCCCUUCUCUGUAUGCUGGCAGCUGGUUUUGUUGAUCCUGAGAAAACAGACGACAUUUCGCGAUGCCACCAACGCCACCGCGAAAUGACGUCUGAGAAAGAGCGCAGAAAUUUCAUACUGAUGACGCGUCACUACGCAGGUCUAGGUAGUGCUUCUGAUUGGUCGAGGCAAAUUUCACACGCAGCACGACCAAUCAGAAGCAAUACCCAGAUCUGGGUAGUGAUGCGUCAUUAACAUGGAAUUUCUGUACCUAUUUCUCUGAAGUCAUUUCGCGGAAAAACCGUUGGUGGCGUCGCGAAAUGUCGUCUGUUUUUCUCAGGAUCAACCAAAACCAGCUGCCAGUUCAAGAUCCGUAGGUUGGAUCAACGUCUGUUUUUGACCCAACCGGGAUAAAUAAGAUAAUGUAGUCUGGUGAAAUUUCCAGUCUAUUAUACUUUUUUUACCAAAAGUUUGUUGUGUAGUUGCUGUCUCUGUGAAAAGUAGUAUUCUGCCGAUUAAAGUUGUUUCUUUUGAGAUAUGUAUCCCGUUUAUCUUCUCUUGCCUCAUUUACGGCCACAACGACAAUUUUAUGAAGGGGAUUGGUUUCUGAAGUAAUUUGGCAUUGAAUUGGGGGAGGACUGCAACACAAAACUUGGCUUUAUCAAAUGAGUCCGUAAAAAAAUUAGCCAUCGGUCAGAGUCAGGAGAAGCUGACCAUUAAAGCCGUAAAAUUUUAAUCUGAUUUAAUUGGGCAUUGUGAAACAUACUCAAGAGCAUUAUUUUGGUUGUAGAAAAAGCAGAGGUUUUCAAUAAAGCUGGCAAUGAUGCAUACAGAAAGAAAGAUUUUGCAAAAGCCAUUUUCUUUUACACGGAAGGAAUCAAAGUUGAAUGCAAGGAUAAAGAACUUGUUUCCAAGCUGUACAACAACAGAUCGACGGUAUACUUCUAUCAAGGUAAAUUUUUAGGGAUAAACAAUACACUGGUACAUCAUGCACUCUAUUUUUUUUUUACAAGCAAGACAUUCUCGCUGAAAGGAAGCUCGGGUUGCCUCUUUCUUUUUUAUCACUGUAAAAGACAUAAUCACGCAAUAUUUCGGUGCGUAAGUUGUUUUCCUUACCUUUUUGUAAAAAGAAAACGAAGAGAUGUUACGAAUUCUGGGUUUCAAAACGAGAAGUCUUCAAUUAGGCCCGCCCACAAUUUAGCAAUGCGCACGGGGAAAAAUUUAAUAAGCACCGCUGAUGGGGAGUUUUAAAAAUACGGUAACCAUAAUGUAAGUUUUGUGUUGAUUUGAAGACAGCCCGGCGAAUGCUGUGUUUAAAUAGACGCUGGCUAUCCGUUUAGCAAUUUAACGUGAAUUAAUAGAUUUUUUGUGCAUAAAUGUGUAUGGUAACACUACGCUUUCUAAGUAUUAUUCUUUAUAAUGUCGGUAUAAAAAACUCAAUCUUUUCAGGGAAUUACCAGGAUUGUCUAAGUGACGUAAAAGCUGCAACAACACUACAAGCGUCUUAUCUCAAGGCCAUUAUUAGAGGUAAAAAUAAAAAGAAAUUUGUAAAUCUGAAACUUAAUCUUAAUUUGGCAUUUUUUCUCGCUAAGCGAGCGGCCGAAGGCCCCGAGUGAAACGAAUUUAUAAUCUCGUCGCGCGCGAAGCGCGCGUUUAUCACGUGAACCACGCGUCGUCUUAACCAGAUGCAAAAUUCGAUGCGCCAUAAAUCUGUGAAUAUAUGCUUGGUGUCCGCCAAAGACGUCAUGGAGCAUUUUGCGUUUCCAGGCAACAUAGACUUUUCCACAAAUGACCGGCGCAUUUUUAUGUAUUAUUCAUGAAUGGCUCAUGUGUUUUAUAAUAUUCAUCUAUGAAACAAUGUUUACAAUCGGUGAAUCACGAGCAAUUUCCCAUUCAGAUGACACAGAACAACAAGCACAACCCGUGGCUAGAAAUCCCCGAUUUUUAACCGAAACUCCUCUGGAGAACGCCGACUAAAAUUCGUCGUGAGCAGAGAAGACGACGACGACAAGAAGCCGCGUGCAAAGCGCAGAGAACAUCGCUUAGCACAGACCCAAACCAGCAGAUUUUCCCUCAACAGAAAACAAAGAAGUCUUUUGUUUUACGUCAUCUUUGUCCAGUACACGAAGUUUUGAGUGGAAUUGGGAACCAUUAAUAUCUGGACAAAUUAGAAUUCAUUUGGUCAGGAAAAGUGUACAUUUGACUAUCUGGGACUUUUAAAAACUAUUCCUGUGACAACCAUGUCUCAACAAGCUCAUGCAUGUUAAGAACUGAGAAACUGACGAACUUCAACAUGAACUUGUAUGUGGACGUACAAUACAAAUUCCACUCUUGCAUGGAUAUUUGUUUCUCAUGCAUGUAUUCAAAUAAAUGUGAACACUUUCAUAAAUGAUUUGGUACUCUUUACAGGGAUAAUUCAGUGCUAAUGAGGGUACCGCGUAUUCAGUAAUCAUCAUAAUCAAAAUUCUCCUCAACUGCAUCCUUAAUGACAUUGCUACAUGUAAUUUCUAUUUCAGUGUAAGUCAGUGAUUAUGUUUGCACCUUACUGUUAAAACAAUUAGUUGUCAAGUGUGAUUAUCAUACAUGCCAACCCUCCCGGAUACGACAACGAUCUCCUCCCACACGGGUCACCAAAUCUCCCGGAUAAAAUCGAGUUAUGAGCUUUUCUGUGCUUUAAUUUGAAAUUUAUCCCAUUUUUUUUCCCAAAAUUCGAAUUUCUUUUGAUUCAAAGUUCAGUUUCUGGGGCAUCUCGCAUGUAUUUCAUCACUGACAAAGAUUAUUUCCUAUUACAAUCAUAAAAGCUAUUGUGAUGGUUCUGUACCUCAUGUAAGACUCCAUAUAAUGUCCUAAGCUGAUAAGGGACUGGGUCGAACUGUGCUUAUGGGGGAGGGCGGAGAGGGUAAUGCAAAGGAAAGUGUGUCUAGAUUUUAGAUUUCCAGAGGUUGGCAUCAGUCUGGAUUAUGUACCACAACAAUAGUGCAAACACCCUCAUUGCUGUAGUUCACUUAAGGUAUUUGCACAGGCAAAUUCUCAACAUUUUAUUUUGCACUCAAAAUCUUUCUACAGUAAGUUCAGAUGAUGUAAUAUGCAUAUCUGGUGUUCUUUUUUGAAUAUACCUUCGCAUUAAAGAGAAAAUCUACUCAAAAGUUGACUGAUUUACCGGAAGUUAAAGAAAAAUUGUCAUUUCCGUUACUAAGAAAAUGGACGGCAGGAGCGCAAUUUGACCCCUCUUUCCAGCAUCAAGUUCUAUUGAUGCGCUGAACAAAAUCUAUUCAGUGCUUGGAUUCAUUGACAAACUGCCGCCGCUGUAUGUCCAACUUGAUUUUUCUUGCCUCUGUUAAAGCUGUGAUGACUAAUAUUACUUGCUUCUUGUCAAUAUUUGUUAUGUUCUUGAAAUAUACUCCGUUUUCCAGGGCUUAUUAUUGUUCUAAAUUUACCUUACAUCGGUGUGUCUUCUCACCUGAUAUAUUCUGACAAUUUUGCCGGGAGAGUAUUUACGUUUUUUUGGCCCCUAAUCCUCUGGUCUGUUUUUUCUGCCAAUUUCUUUCACUUUACGGAAGCAAUUCUUUUCAAUUUUGAAUAAAACUCUUCUCCAAUCUUCAUACUUUGGCGCACUUCACUGCAUUAUAGCUGACACUGAGUAAUGCAUCUUCCGGAAAUGCGUCACACCUAGCAACUGGUCACGUAUCAAAAUCCAAGGGGGCUAUAGAGAGGUCAUUUGGCAUUUUCUUAGGCUUCCGUGAGCAUUUUGCAUAGCGGUGAUUCAAAAUGGCGGGCAAGAAGGUCUGUGAUGGUAGUAUCAAGCAAAAACAGUUGAUUUUGAGAGGAAAAAAAGCUUUUUUACACCGGAAAAGCGUUAAUUACCGCGUGACCGAUUUACCUUGACUUACGGGAACCAGUUUUUUGGAGGGAUGGAUCAUUAUUUCUUCGUGAAAUUUGGCAAAUACACAAAGAGCAUGUUAAUGAACAGAUCCGUGUUUGGCCAAAGGUUAGAAUUGCCGUACAGCUGAGUUAUUGAUGUCAAAAUGUGGAUCAGAUUACAAAAUAGCAAAUUGUACCCUAGAGGGUGGAUUAAUUGGAGCUGUGUCAUGGUCAAACACAGAAUUAUUCUAUCUUACGUCCUUAUUUGUGUUACAUUUCUUUUUUAACAAUAACUCUAAGGAUUCUUCUGAAAUUUUGAUUUUUCUCUUUCCGUGCCACCCUAGGGGGUAAUUAAAUUAACACCUUUUGGGUGACAUAACAUAGCUUAUUUUGAUAUAUUCUAGUUCCUCAAGAACUGAGGAAUACUGUCAAUGUAGUGACAUAUAGAUAGUAGCCAUAAAAUAACCACCAAAAAUGAUUCAAAAAUGUGCAAAAUUUGCCUGUGCAGAUACCUUAACAAUAAAUAUUUUACGUCAAUUACCAGCAUUUACUUGUUAUUUUCAAUGCACUACUAAUGACACACUUCACAAGUAAUUAUGAUUACACUUAUUAUAAAAGAUAGCAUUGGUUAACUGCAUAUUCACCUCUCUUUCAUGCAGUUAUUCACUAUCACACCCAUUUUCUUUUGACUAUUUAUUACGCAUGUGGGAGGGUUACAUGCGGUGAACACGGGACCUAUGAAACAUUGGGUACCCUUCCUUAACAACACCAACCCCAUUUAAAUCCCAGAACAUACUUUUUAACGACAGAGCACUGGGUUCAAAUUUACUCCAACUGAAAGGAGAUUAAGUACAUCUCACAUUCCAAUAUUAGAGCCAGUGUUGAAACCCGCCCUCCCAAGCUACACAAAUUACUCCCAUUCUCUCCUCCCUUCCAUCCCUGACAUUUUAUGGGCAUCCCCCCGCCCCGAGCUUCUCGAGUUUCUGCGAUACACGUAUUUCUAGUAAAUGAGUCGAACUAUUUUCACUAGGGGCGAAAGCCUGUGUAAAGUUGAAGCAGUUUGAAGAAGCCAUCAUUUGGUGUGAUAAAGGACUAGCUGUAUCCUUUCUUAGUAGAAUACAAAUUUCACAGUACAGUUAUUACUUCCUUGACUUCUAACAGGACACUACAAUCUUAUCUAAAUGAGUUUUAAUAAGUAAAGUCGGUUUAAAUAAGUUACCUGUUGGUAAAGGGUUUUAGUAGCUUAAACAAACCGCUGUCGUUCAUAUGUACAAUAAGGAUUAUCAAUUAUACAAUGCAGUCGCUACUCCAACUAAUGCUGCUAUUGUCAGAACUACGACCUCUGCCGCCAUUUAGGUUCUAGGCUUAGAACACAGAUUAUUUAAAACAUCUUUACACUUGUAAGAUUGAUCCAGACAAGCAGGAUCUCUUAGAGGUAAAGAGUCGCUCUAACAAAGAACGCGAAACGCUUCCAACUCUUGGAGGAUACAAAGCAGAAAAAGCAGAGGGCGGUUCACGAACCCACCCAAAACCUCAUGAUGGCACAUGUAAGUAAAACCCAAACAGAAAUCAUAACUCUUAUCUAUGUUUACAUCAAGUAGAUCAACUCUUCGUUCAGGGAACGUGGCCUUUUUUAGUUAUUUGGCCUUUGCUCAUUCACUUACGCGAAGAACACAAAUGUAGUUUGAUUAUUAUUUCAGCCAUAGCAGAGACCCGAAAAAAGGCUGGCAAUGAUGCAUUUCAUAAAGAUGAUUUUAACAAGGCUAUCAACCUGUACACCGAGGGAAUUGAAGUAAAAUGCAGGGAUGAAUGCCAAAUUGUACAAUAACAGGGCGACGGCCCACUAUCACUUGGGUAAGUAUCAUUCAUAUCAACUUUACGCAUCUUCAUAAUAAUAAUUAACAACUUAAUCACUUAUAUUGCGCAGGUAUUCAUAAAAAUGAUCAAAUGCACAUUACAUUAGUAAUAUUAUUACUAAUGUAAUGAAAAGCAUGAAAAAACCUACAAACCUAUUUACAAUAAGCAAACCAAUAAGAAUAUAUAUAUAUAUAUAUAUAUCCGCCAUAAAAAUCUAAAAUAUCGAUAUGCGACAAAACUCUUUCAACCAUAAGCAAACUUAAAAAGGUACGUUUUACGAUUGCUCUUAAAAGUAUGCAAGGUUGGAAUAUCGCGAAGCUCACGCGGUAGAGCAUUCCAUAACUUGGGCGAAGUCUUCAACAAUGCAUUCUAUUUCGUAUCCACUAUUCCGUGGUCUUUUCUACAUGUAUCCCUGCCUUUUUAGCCGAUGACGCGUCUGGAAUCUCAAUUCCACUGUCUCCAUUGAUUUUUUUAGCGUGUAGUCUUAUUUUGAUAUCCUCUUUUAUCCUACCAUAGUACUGGUCAGUGAGGGUCUCAGUCGAUAAACGUAAAAUUCUCUUCAAAGCCGAUGGUGCGCGGUCUUAUUUGCGUGUUUUGAAAUGGAUAGUAUGCGAGUUUGUGAACGCCGUGACGCCUGGAAAAGGCUACACUCGCAAAAAAUCUCAAUAACUACAGUAAUAGCCCGCGUAUGAGAACCUGGGUUUUAAGAACCUGUUAGGCUAAAAUUUUCAUUUUAAGCCCCCUCCACAUAAGAACCUAUUUAGGCUAAAAUUUUAAGUUAGGAUCUUAUUAGUGGGGUUGCAGUAAAAGUUUAUAGGUAGAAACUGCUGAAUUAAGAUCAUCAUCUAGGACAUAUGCUGUACCUGCACUGAACUGCCUAUAUAGGCAUUGCUCUAUGGUACAAAUAAAUGAUUUACACUGUACUAUCAGAUGAUAUUUAUAAUAUAUAUAGUAUAUUCAGAUAAAAUUCAUAUGAAAAUAUAAGAACCUAUUUUAAGAACCUCGGUAGCCUAAAUUUGCUUUAAGUACCAUUUAUAUAAGAACUUAUUUAGGCUAAAUUGAAAAAUUCAGGUUCUUAUACGCGGGCUAUUACUGUACUCAAUCUUGUUUUCGUGGGUCAAUAUUUAAUCCUCAGAGAGCAAAAAUAGUGAUGUAUAGCGCAAGUAAUGUGUUGGAUUUGAAGACGGCCCGACCUUAUGCUACCUUUCAGGCACUACUCCUCAACUAAGCGACGCGUGGAAACAAAGAGUAAAUGUUAAGCGCACGUCUUUCGAGUAAAUAAGGUGUGCCGUAAUUCUUUUUAACCUACUUUUAUUGAACGUAGUUCUUCUUUUUCAGGGCAUUAUCACGAUUGUCUUGGUGACGUAAAAGCUGCGACAGCAUUACAACCCUCUAACCUGAAGGCAAUUAUCAGAGGUGAAAAUGAAAGAAAUUUGAAAAACUGAAACUUUAUCUAUAUUUUAUCAUUUUAAAUAUAAAAACGACUUUUUUUACCAGGAGCGAACGCCUGUGUAAAGUUGAAGCAAUUUGAAGAAGCCAUCAUCUGGUGUGAUAAGGGACUAGCCGUAUCCUUUCUUAGAAGAAUACAAAUUUCACAGUACAAUUAUUACUUUCUUUACUUUUGAUAGGACACUACAAUGAGCUUCUUUUUCAGCUUUCAGUAAGCAAGAUUAAAUCAGUUAAGUCGAUUUCAAUAUUUUAAAGUAAACUGCUGGUAAAGCGUUUUAGCGGCUUACACAAAGAACAGUCGUUUAUAUCUCUUAUAUCUUUUAAAAACGAGCCAAAUGAAAUUUACCGCAAUUUGAUUGAAAAAGGGUCAAAAGACGGGUUUUUUGCGCCCAAUAAGAUCAAAAAUCACACUAGCGAAAAAAAGGAGAAGAGAAAUAGAAAGAGCGAGGAGGGAGAAAAGAGGAGAAGAGAAAUGGUUGCACUCUUAGUUUUACAUUGUCUACUUUGGAGUUUUUGGCCAAAAAAACUGCUUGAAGGACGAGUUCUAUUUGGCGUUAGCGUUUUCAAAAAUCUAGCUGUGGGUUAACAAAAAGGAUUAUCCACUAAAAAAACAGCUGCUACUUCAAAUAAUGCUGCUACUGUCAUAACUAAGUUCUAGGUUUAGAACACAGAUUAGAUUAAAUACCUUUACUCUAGCAAGAUUGAGCCAGACAACCAGGAUCUUUUAGAAAUAAAGACUUGCUCUUACAGAGAACGUCAGAAGCUUCCAACACAGGGAGGUGACCAAACAGCAAAAGCAGAGGGAGAUUCACGAACCAACCCAAAACCUCUUGAGUGCACAUGUAUGUAAACCCAAAUAGAAAGCAUGACCAUUACCCAGGUCUUUACAUAAUAAGGUGGAUCAACACUUCGUCAAGCAACAUGGCUUUUUCCACUGCCAAUUAAUUAAUUAAGGAAUGAAUAGUCCCAAUAUAAAAACUGAAUUGAAAAAGCGCAAUUUCAAAGCAGGCUCACGUUAAGGCAGCAGUUGUAAGCGUAAGCAACUGUGCGAGAGCCUUAAUUUGUUUUUAAACAGGUUGUACACGUUUAAAGUUAAUUUAUUCGUCCAUGGAGCUGGACGGCGGCUCGAUGAAAGAAGCAGUGCAGACGGCUGCUCGCAGUGGUUUCUCUCCCUUUCUAGCGUAGCGCCCGGCCUGGAGAAACCACUGCUCGCAGUGUAAUCAUUCAGUUUACUUACAGGCAGAACACAAGACUCAGUUUUGUAUUAAUUUUAUGUUUCAGCAAUAGCAGAGACCCGCAAAAGUGAUGGCAAUGAUGCUUUUCUUAAAGGUGAUUUUUUCAAGGCUAUAAACUUCUACACAGAGGGAAUUGAAGUGAAAUGCAAGGAUGAGGAUCUGAAUGCCAAAUUGCACAACAACAGGGCGUCAGCCCAUUAUCACUUGGGUAAAGUAUCAUGCAGGUUUAUAUCACGCAUUGUCAGCAUUGCAUUUUCUACCGUUUCCACAACAGAACUCGAGGAUAAUGGUCCUGUGAUUCUCUUUUGUUAUCCAGCAUUCUGUUGUCUGUUCUGGGUCGAGACUUUAUACAUACUGACGCGCUAUAUUUGCGCUCAAUACCUUCGUCUUUAAUAAAAGAGGAUAGUGCUCGGUCUUAUUUGCUUGUUCGGGAACGGCUGAGGUAUGAGCUGAAAGCUGUCUGUCCCGAGACCAACCUAUCGAACCCAAAUGUUGAUCUUUCAGAAUGCAGCCAGCUUGCCUGGGCGUCCCCAGCCCUUCCGUCCAGAGUCUCCCCUCCCCCUCCCUUAGAGUCUGAGCGUAUUGAUGUACGUUCACGUGUCGACCAAAAUUUCUAGCACCAGUUCGUCUUUUUCAGGGAAUUAUCAUGAUUGUCUUGGUGACAUAAAAGCUGCGACAGCACUACAACCGUCUUACCUGAAGGCACUUAUCAGAGGUGAAAAUGAAUGAACUUUGAAAAUCUGAAAGUUCAUCUAUAUUUUAUCGUUUUAAAUAUAACAUCUACUUUUUUACUAGGAGCGAAUGCCUGUGUAAGGUUAAAGCAGUUUGAAGAAGCCAUCAUCUGGUGUGAUAAGGGACUAGCCGUAUCCUUUCUUAGAAGAAUACAAAUUUCACAGUACAAUUAUUACUUUCUUUACUUUUGAUAGGACACUACAAUAAGCUUCUUUUUCAACUUUUUGUACUAAGCAAGAUUAAAUCAGUUAAGUCGUUUUAAAUAGGCAAAAUUUUGGUAAAGCGUUUUAGCGGCUUACACAAAGAACAGUCGUUUAUAUCUCUUAUAUCUUUUAAAAACGAGCCAAAUGAAAUUUGCCACAAUUUGAUUGAAAAAGGGCCAAAAGACGGGUUUUUUGCGCCCGAUAAGAUCAAAAAUCACACUUGCGAAAAAAAGGAGAAGAGAAAUAGAAAUAGCGAGGAGGGAGAAAAGAGGAGAAGAGAAAAAAGCAAUGGUUCGUUGCACCCUUACUUUUACAAUGUCUACUUUCGGAGUUUUUGGCCGAAAAAACUGCUUGAAGGACGACUGAGUUCUAUUUGGCGUUAGCGUUUUCAAAAAUCUAGCUGUAGGUUAACAAAAAGGAUUAUCCAUUUAAAAAAACAGCUGCUACUUCAAAUAAUGCUGCUACUGUCAUAACUAAGUUCUAGGUUUAGAACACAGAGUAGUUUAAAUAUCUUUACUCUAGCAAGAUUGAGCCAGACAACCAGGAUCUUUUAGAAAUAAAGACUUGCUCUUACAGAGAACGCCAGAAGCUUCCAACACAGGGAGGUGACCAAGCAGCAAAAGCAGAGGGAGAUUCACGAACCAACCCAAAACCUCUUGAUUGCAGAUGUAUGUAAACCCAAAUAGAAAGCAUGACCAUUACCCAGGUCUUUACAUAAUAAGGUGGAUCAACACCUCGUCAAGCAGCAUGGCUUUUUCCUCUGCCAAUUAAUUAACCAAGGAAUAAAUAAUCCCAAUAAAAACUGAAUUGUUAGAGCGCAAAUUCGUAGCAGGCUCGCGUUAAGGCAGCAGUUGUAAGCGUAAGCAACUGCGCGAGAGCCUUAACUUGUUUUUAAACAGGUUGUACAUGUUUAAAGUUAAUUUAUUUGUCCAUGGAGCUUGACGGCGGCUCGAUCAAAGAAGCAGUGCAGACGGAUACUCGCAGUGGUUUCUCUCCCUUUCUAGCGUAGCGUCCGGCCUGGAGAAACCACUGCUCGCAGUUUCAGGCAGAACACAAAACUCAGUCUUGUAUUAAUUUUAUAUUUCAGCAAUAGCGGAGACCCGCAAAAGUGCCGGCAAUGACGCUUUUCUUAAAGGUGAUUUUGUCAAGGCUAUAAACUUCUACACAGAGGGAAUUGAGGUGAAAUGCCAGGAUGAGGAUCUGAAUGCCAAAUUGCACAACAACAGGGCGUCAGCCCAUUAUCACUUGGGUAAAGUAUAAUUCAGGUUUAUAUCAUGCAUCGUCAGCAUUGCAUUUUCUAUCGUUUCCACAACAGAACUCGAGGAUUCUCUUUUGUUAUCCAGCAUUCUGUUGUCUGUUCUGGGUCGAGACUUUUAAAUACUGACGCGCUAUAUUUGCGCUUAAUACCCUCGUCUUUAAUAAAAGAGGAUAGUGCUCGGUCUUAUUUGCUUGUUCGGGAACGGCUGAGGUAUGAGCUGAAAGCUGUCUGUUCUUAGACCGCCUAUCAAACCCAAAUGUUGAUCUUUCAGAAUGCAGCCAGCUUGCCUGGGCGUCCCCAGCCCUUCCGUCCAGAGUCUCCCCUCCCCCUCCCCCAGAGUCUGCACUUAUUGAUGUACGUUCACGUGUCGACCAAAAUUUCUAGCACCAGUAGGCCAUUUCCGAGUUUUCCUGGGCCUCUGCAUCAAAACGAGGUUAAGUGCUCAGCCUUUGAUAUCGAAAGGAUUUGUCAUUCUUAUGCAAAUAAAACUCAUUUCCAUGAGAAAGGUUGAGUACUUGGCCUCAUUUUUUGGAACUCCGAGGUGGUGUAUUAGAAAAGGCUUGAAGAUUUGCCAUUUGCACAUCUCCCAUAAUACAACUUGUUUGCCCCCACCCCCAAAAAAAAAAAAAAAAAAUCAUAAGUAUUGUCCUCAGUUUAUCUUGGGAAGUCUCUAAUGCCCAAGAGCAGGAGAAAGUAGAAACCAAGGUUCUGCAUAUUUUGGGGGGGUCAAACAAGGUAAAGGUGUAUUAUGGGAAAUUGUUUAAUGGCGAAUAUAAGCAUUGCACCCUCUCGGCAACAUUGCAGUGCUUAUUGUUUUUAUUGCUUUUUGUUAGGAGAUUGUCAAUGCUGAUGUAACUUACUAUUAUUUUUGAUUUCAUUAUGGGUCUGAAUCUGUAAUUCUCUUUCUUUAUUAAAGGUGAUUAUCAGAAUUCCCUGAGUGACGCAAAAGCUGCAGUAUCGUUACAACCUACUUACCUAAAGGCUAUUGUUAGAGGUAACCAUUUAGAUGUCUUUAAUACCUUUAUUAACACUUCGUUUUUACAUAAUAAUUACAAAGCAGGCUGGCAAUUACUGAAGAGCUUAUCGCGGCAUAAACAUUUUAAAUACAAUUAUAACAUAUGUACUCAUUACACCUCCCAUUUUGUAAAUAUUUAGAAAGAUUAAUUAUUAAGAAGAAAACAAUUAGAACAAAAGAGAAAGAUGUAAAGAGGAAAACUACAAACUGGACUUAAUUUAUUUUAAUGAAUUAGCGUAUGUACUUUAAGCGUUAGACUUAUUUUGAAAUUUAUUUAUUUAGUUAUUUUAUCGCUUACACCAUGGUUGCAAUACUAUAAAAUAUACAUUUGAACAAAUUCAGUACAAGAACAAGCGGCGAUGGUGCGCGGGACACACAACAGGGCGUAUCUUCCAAUGUCAGUCGUGCCCUUAAGGAAACUACACAAAAUAACUUACUAUGCUCAAUAACAUAACAUUACUACUUCGCACCGAGGCUUCAAAGUUUGACACCAAAUAAGUGUAUCACUCAACCAUCAACCUCAUAGCCUUUUAUGCCGAUAACGACAUAGCCUUUUUUUUGUCUCAAGCUCAUCAAAAAUACAGGGAAUCUCAUAAAGAUAAAGCCACGCGCUAUUUUAGGUGGUUUAUCGUUUUGACAGGUAUCAGUAGAUUGGUCAGAAUGAUAUCACCCACAAUAUUAUGCCAGUCCUGUUUCCUGUCGCUUUCAUUGUCAACCCUAUCAAAGGGAAUUUCCUGGAAAAGUUCUUUUUAAAAAAGAUGGAUCUUUGGAAGCUGAAACCCGUCUAUUAGAUACCUUUAAUUAGGAAGAAGAUCGUGAAACUCCCUCGAAUGAGCCUUACGUUUCAAAAAUAACAAGAACAAAAAAGGUUCAAAAGCAGUUGAGGCAUAAAAAACAGGAGCAAAGAGGACGGUACGUCUGUUAAAACUGGUUUAAUAACAAUUCAUUGAUCCAUAAUUCUCUAUUCAAUGUUGUUUCUUUCAAAAAACUGAAAAAUAGUAACAUGCUGGAAAGCAGCUAAGGAGGUUUCAAUUCAAGUUCCACGCUUAAAGAUAUCGCGCAUAUCUUAAAAGUGGCUUAAAAGCAUCAAUAAUUGAAGUCGUCAAUUUCCUUUUAGGGGCGACUUCCUGUUGGAAAUUAAAAGAGUUUGAAGAAGCCGUUGAGUGGUGUGAUCAAGGACUAUCAGUAUCCUUUUAUUUAUUAGCCUUCAGUGCAGGCGUAUUUUGGGUGGGGGAAACCUUGCUCGUGUUCGUAAUAUUGUUGUAGCCGCCAUCUUUGAUUUUCUGACAGUGGAAGAUUGGGGAGAGUAGAAAUAGCAACCCUUACGAUAGGUGCGAGGGCGAAAGAAGGAAAGGGAGGAAGGGGAGGGGAGAAAAAAAAUACGCUGUUUUCUCUUCUCUCUCCCCGCCCCCUCCCCAGUCAUUUUCAUGACUACACCUUAACAGUUAUUUCUUGGCUUCGCAAGUUGAAAUGGAAACAAGUUGGGGUUUAUUCUUCAAAUGAGAGAUCAAAUUUGGUAUUGUGUGCACGUAAUGCAUAUUAUUUAACCUAAUUUUAGAACCUGAGGGUGUUACCAGUAGGGAGGGGCCAUCUCUAAGGUAAACAUCGGUUCACUCAUCAUUGCCAGUGUUGCGUCACAUACCAACAGGCGAGAUCUUGAGGGUCGCUUGUGCAGAUUUUCAAGCGACACCAUAGUCAUAUUCGAACAAGAGAGGUCGGGGAUAAGAUUAAAAGCUAGGCAAAUAUUGCUAUGCAUCGCUACUUUGAUCGUAGGUGUGUGAGCUUUGUUGUUACUUUUAUCCGCUUGUGUAAACCUUUUUGGUAUUUUCUGCCUACUCCGUAAUUGUGUAAUUUGUUAAUUUGUGUCGCGGGCCGUGUUGCGGAUCAUCAUCUCCUUUACGGGACCAGCAAGGGCAUGAGAAAUUAGUUCAUUUUUUUCUCUAAAAUAAGCAACAUCAAGUGUCCAGAAUAGGAGGUUCGUUUCAGAGGUCACACACGUUUACAUUCCAUAUAUUCUUUCUUUAAUUAAAAUCGACCGUACUUCUCAUCAAUCUCUUCGAGUGUGGGCCUCUGUUUAUUUCUGAAUUCUUCAUUAAAUUGAGUACAGCUAGUUUGAUCGAUUUUCUACCACAAUCAGCCUUUUGGACCCGAAAUAAUGCGAAAUAGCUUUGAAAUACGUGCUUAAGCUAUUUUUUCUCAAAUGUUUCUUUGAAUUCAUGAUAAAUACGGCUCUACUAGCUUAAAACAGCGUCUAUAGCAGAGAACAUUGGUUUUAAUAUAACAAAUUUACUUUCCCCAAAAACUGACUGGCACCGUGGUGCAGUGGUCAAGGAGUUGUUUGCAGGCGGCAGAUGAACUAGGUUCGACUCCCGGCGAUGCUGUUUUCCGUUUCUUUAUUAUAAUGUUUUCUAUUUAGGUUUUGAGUUUUAAUCUUGUUUAUUACCUUUGGCUUAUUUCCCUUUAUUCUUACUCUUGACUCUUUACAGCUUUGCGAGAUUUUCGCGAUAACGUAUUUCUAGUAACUUGGUUUUUUUUGUGUGGUACAACGUAAAAGCCCUAGCUAUAGGUAAACCACACAAAUGCCAAGUUACUGGAAAUACGUUAUCGCAAAAACCUCGCAAAGAGUCAGUAGUAAGGGUAAGUAAGGGUAAGCAAGCCAAAAGGAAAAACAGGAUUGAAAAACAAAAACUAAACACAAAAAAAUGUACAAAUUGAAAAUCAAAAGACUGCUUCGCCGGUAGUCGAACCUAGAGUAGUUCAUCUGCACCUGGUAGUAACUCCUUGACCAUUGCACCACGGUACCACUCAACUUUACUUUGGUGAAGUAAAUUUGUUAUAUUAAAACUAUUUUUCUCUGUCAUAGACGCUGUUUGAAGCUGGUAAAGCUGCAUUUAUCAUGAAUUCAAAGAAAAAUUUGAGAAAAAAUUAGCCUAAGCACGUAUUUCAAUAUUAGCGGGAUUUGAGGCAAUGAGAAGCAAUAAAUAUAUUGAAUGAUAAUGAUAUAAUAAUUAUAAAAGCAAAUUAUAAUUAUUACGAAAAAAAUCUCCCAGAAUCCUUUGACGCCAUUUUUUGAAAAGCUUCAUAACUUUGACAAUUUUAUACGUAGAAGACUGACAGACCACAACAAGAUAACAUUUGCCAUAAAAUAUCUUCUCAUGUCGCAUCUAAGGUAAUAACGUUAUGAGUCACGUGACUAUCGCCGAAUUAGGUUUUUUUUGUUGCCGUGACAAGAUUUCAUAAAAAGUUAAAAACAAACAGCAUAUUUGAGAUUUAAGAUGUGUUGGGCAUUUAAAAAUAACCAGUUGACGUCUGGCAUUUGAAAUUUAAGGGGGUAAUGAACAUGAGCGAAAAAGUCGGGAGACUGGGCCAAAGCUGUAGAGAGUCUGGGUAAACCUUUCAUCACACGGCAGGAGAAAAUUUGCAGGAAAGUAAUGUUCUAACUGAUAAUUUUUCUCAUGACCAAAAGAGGGACAUGACGUCAUCAGUCACGUGAUCAAAGCGUUUUGAAUGUUUUAGUUCGUUUUUAAAGUACCCUUUUUGUCUUAAAUAGGCAAGUUUGGGUUGUUUUUCUCAACAAUUCUUUACACUGUAUUGUCUCUGAGUAAUUAUUAUUCCAUUUUUAAAGCAGAAGCAAACAAAAACUGAGUCAGAAGUUUAAAAGGUGCGUAAAUUGACCGAUAUCGCAAGUUAAAAUCGAAAAGGAGACUUUUUUUUUAGGCUUUUGUAAAAUCCUUUUUCAACUUAACUGUUUGUUUGCCGAAAUAAAUGUUCAACGUCUGUUAAUAAAGGAGACCUUUUUAAGCUAAAAGGAUGUAUUUGGAGGCAAUAUUGUUUUUCUUCAUUCCGGGGAGACAGAUCAUGUAGCAACCAAAGCCAAAUGGUUUGCUACCCUGACCUAAAACAAUGGAAAUAAUGACAAACAAAUUUUCGCCGACCGGUGAAAAGACACCUUACAAGCAGGAUAGGUGUGUGCCACCCAGGGAUAAUCAAAGGCAGCGCAGGUUGCUUUUGCCCCUCUCUCAAAGCUAACUAGGGUGAAAGGAAUGUGUACUCACUUUAUCGUUUGAAUGAAUAUAUACCCAUGUUGGGGGCUGUAUUUCCCAUAUAUUUACUCAGGGUGUUUUUUCGUAGCUGAAACACAAGUCCAUUGUUUGCGACUUUUUAAAACCUUGUUACCGAACUUGACCAUCCCAAGAUUGACAAUUUUAACAAAACGCUCUUAGAAAUAAGAAGGUCAUCUGUAAAUGUUGAAUAUCAGCUCCCAGAAAAGCAAAACGAGACUCCAAAGAGGUCAGAGGUUACCAGUGUGGAAGAAACGGUAAGUGGUUAGUGUACAUAACAUACGAGCUGGAUUUCUGAUAGUCCAAAGAUUUCCUACGGCCAUUGCUUGAUUCGAAGGGGAUCACAUCGUAUCGCAUCGCUUCCUCUUCAGCGCCCGCUCCCAAUCUCUCAUGACCUGACUCAAACAAUUUUAAGACCUCUUACCUUUCUUGACGCUCUUUUCUCCGUUAGAGACCGUAAAUGAUCUAAUAGACGCCGGGGGCGUAUAUUUAACGGCCGUUUAGUAGUCCAGGAGGGGGCAUUUGAUAGAUAGGAGGCGUUUAAAGAAAGACUCGUUUAUUCAGUCUCAUACCUGCAGCAAGCUCAACGAAGCUUAUAAUAAAAGCAAUUGACGUCAAUAUAAUAAAUUGUCUAAAAGAAAUCAAGCGCUCCGCCAGAAGGAAACAAGGUUGAAUUCCUUGAAGGACAAUUUACUUCAACUUCAACUUUAACCAGCAAGAACAAUACAAUACAAUACAAACUUUAUUGACACUCUCUAAAGAGGGAUUUUCAGUGACAAUAAUAAUUAAUUAAAAACGAGAGUAAAGCUAAAAAUUACAAUAGUAUAAGGUUUUAUAAAAAAUAUUAAGAAAGCUAAAACGUUAAUAAAUAUUCACGAGAAUUACAACUGAAAUAGAAACUUCAAAAAAUGAAAUAUAUAUGAUAUAAACUAAGACCGAUAACAUAGGAAAGCAGCAAUUAAUUUGGCUCUAAGUUUACGCUUAAAAUUACGAGCAGAGUUACAGAGUUUAAAAGAAUUGUCCAAACUGUUCCACAGACUUACCACAAGGUAAAAGAAUGUCCUUUAUCCAGAUUAAGAUGAUUUAAAUAAGGGUACGUAUUUGCAAGAGUUGGGAGCUUCUGGUCGUGCGACCACCACGUGUUAGAAACUUCCAUGAGAUCGGGAUAGGUAGGAGCGGCCUCGACGAACAACACCCUCCGAUCUCCAUAAUUCUUCAUAUGACUCGAAAGCCGAAUUCAAUAAUGGUUUUGUUAUUCAUUCAAAAUAAUUCCUACUUUAAAAACAUAGCUAAAACAUGCUUACCUCCAUCGAUGCUAAGUUCAUCUUCGAUAGUGCAUGUUUAGGGUUGUUCAGCUCCGAAAAUAUUCUCCAAAUAGCAGAUGUCGCCCUUCAAGUUGUCUUCUUGCUGUUCUUGCCAUGUUUUUAGCUAUUAUUUUGCCUAGUUAUUACUCUUGAAACGAGUGAAAUGUCCGCCAUUUUUGUUUCCACAACCAAAACAAGUCAACUUCGUCCCCAGGUCCUCUCGGUUAACGGUGCAUAAACCUGCAAGGAAGCUGCACUUUUGAAGUCAUCGGUUGACUAAUCGCAAAAUUCUUCCAAAUUUGGUCAUCAGUAGCUGGUGAUGGUAAACAAAGCGCGUGCUUUUAGCCAAUCAGAAUCGCGAAAAUAUUUUGAAUGAGUAAUAAUGCUUUUUAAAUACAUUCUGUCAUCAUUAGCAAAACCCGAUCCAUGUUUGUUUGAAAGUAAUUGUACAAAUCUGGUACCAGACAAACCGUUUUUAAAAAACAAAACUAGCUUAUGUCUAUUUCUCAUUAAUUUCACUUAUAAAAACAAAUAAGUACUUUCAUCAGUUUUCCCGUUUCUUUCAAAACAUCCUUCAUUUCCGGGCGUUUCACUGUAGUCAAUGAAAGACACGUUUUAGCAGUCUUCUUUUAGGCGGGAAUAUCUUAAUUUCCAUUUUUCUAAACGCAAUGAACCAAAGCUCGCAGGGUACCAAAGCGUCAAAGGCGCACGAUGCAGUGCUGGUAGUUUUGUGAGCACCCGUUAAAAAUAUUGAACGCCAAAACUAUCAAGUUUUGGUGCAACGAGGGACAGUUAGUUUCUGUACCCAAAGGUCAGUGCAUGGACAGGCUAUCGAAGGAAUACAAGAGGGAUGCUUGCCCAAUGGUUAGCAGGCCUAUCUACGCAAAUAAAUGUCUCAUUACAUCCUUGUCUGCAAGCGAAGUUACUACUAAAUUUACUCUCUAGAGUACAUUAUACAACCCAAUCAGUAACACUUUGCAAGUAGAAUUGACGAUCAGUGUGGGCAAUUCAUAUUUUUAAGGGACGUCCGUCGUACAAAGGCCUAACACGCGGCGGUUUUUAGUCAAUGACUGACAUAAGAGUUUACUCAAAAUCGACCCAGUUAGCGAGCGAUAAUGUACGCGUGAAUUUUGCCUACGACUGGCAAUAAGCUGAAUAAACCGGAAGCUGAACACUUUGAAUAAGUUACUAAAUCAAAUCGCUCAGGAUUUUUGGUGGAUGUUAAAAUUCGUAUUUUCUCAAGUACCGGAGAGGUUUUUCGAGCAUUCUCUUGCGCAGUUUGGCAGUGAUAUACCGAGCAUCAGACAGGUUACGCACCGAAAGCCACCAUUUUACUCUUCUUCUACCCAACGGUUUUCCUACAAUGGUCUUAGUACUGGUCCCGUUGCCGAAGCCAUGCACGAGCAAGAAACGGUCAACUUGAAAGAAUCGAUAUUGUACUCGGGACAAGAAAAGGUCGCCGUCGAAGAAACAACUGGUGCAAUGCAAGAGCUUCAAGCUGCUGAGAAUCAUCAAUUCUGGAUUACAACCAGUGAAGGAACUCCUGAGAAGCGUCCAAAUUAUAAAGGAACUUUGGAGGCCAGUCAGCCACGGUGAUUGUCGCACCACGAAUAGAGUAGAAUGAACUUGUUGGCCUGGUUUUUUCUUUGCCACAAAUCACGGAAAACUAUCCAAAAUUUUUUCCAGAAGGUGUCACUAUGAACUCUGAGAAAAUGAAAAUUCAAUAAUACUAUGGUUGACGACUGACAGUUUAAAGAGAGACUACCCUCACCUCAGAAUCUUGGGCGCGCCGCCUGUAAGCUCUGAGGGAGAGGGUAGGCCCAUUAUUAAUUUGGCCUAUUUCAAAAACAAAUGACACUACAAAAAUAACCUACAAUGAUAAUUUGGAUGAUGACAGACAUUUUAAAGACUACUUUCCCCUUAGAAUCUUGGGCGCGCCGCCUGUACGAUCUGAGGGAGAGGGAAGCUCCAUAAUUUGGUCUAUGUAAAAAACAAGUAACAAUACAAAGAUAACCUGUAAUAAUAAUUUUUGGAUUAUGAUUGACAUUUUAAGGAGACUGAAAUGAUUGAUAUAAAGACCAUAUCUAUCCGUGACGUUGAUUAUACAGCAGAUCGCCCAGGCGAAGACGAAGAUGUUGAAGUGGAAGAAUAUCUGGUCUGGAGUAAACCAGCGUAAUGGGCUGGGCGUAAUGCUAGCAAAUAAAAUUUUGGCGGCAUUUCGACAGUGCUUGGCGGGUUUUUGGAGAGUGAUUUGCCUUUGAUUUGAUUGAUCAGAAAGGUCGUCCAUUAAAUCAGAUGAUCGGUCUUGCUGUUCUUCAAGGAGAUAUGAAGUAGAGCUCGAGCUCUCGCAUUCGUUUACACCGGCGACUAUAAAAGCUGCAUUGUUGACGGCCUUUCUCAAACGUUCUGAGAGAGAAGAUUUUAAAAAAAUUCUCUGGUCAGCGUCUUUUUCAUGCAGAACUCCUGCCAAACUGGAGAAAGCCGUGCCAGCAGAGAGUGUAUAAUUCCUACUUGUGAUUCCUCAGUAAAAUCUACGCCGACUCGCCGUUUUCGCCUCCAAGGUCAACUAUGUUGACGCGGCAUACUACUCUUGAAAGAAGUUGAAUAAGCCAUUGGAGCAAUAUUUUCUUAAAAGAAAGCACUUAAAAAAUCAUUGGUUAAGCUGGGUUAAGGUAACCCUUGGUUAGUACGAAAUUUGAACUCAGAUAUGAGAGCUUAAAAAGCAAAUUCAGUUAGAUUCUCUUUGCCUACAAUUUGAUGAUUGGAUACUCUAAAUAGAAUAGAGAAAAUUAUACGAGAGAGUGCUUUUGAUAAAAAGAAAACGAACCCCGGGUUAAAAUUUAACCCUGAGUUAGCGCUAACCGGCUUUCGAACAAGUGGGCCCUAAGGUGGUUGCUGUGGAGAUUAGGCCUCCUCGCGCGCGCAUUAAAAUUGGGCUCGCAUAAGUUGGCUAUAUAUCGAAACUCAGUGUGGCGAGAAGAGAUCGAGCCAGCUUGGAGUGAGCAUGAAGGCCCUGCCCUGGAAAAUCGUUUAUUAAAAACGGAUAAAUAAUCCCGGCCGGUGUUUAAGUUUAUGAGGAACCGUUCAUUAGGAGAGAGGAGGGGAGGGCUUGAGCAAAUGGAGGAAAGCCUCUUAAAAAUUUACUGAUUCUCCUCCUUGUUGAGCACAUUUUUUGUUAUUUUUACAAUCGAACCUUGGUUGCCCUCCUCCCCAAACUUAACAAGUGCUGGCGAAGGAAAAAUUUUCUGUUAAAUCAGUGGUCAAUGGGCAGCCCCCAUGGCUAGGCAUUGAGUAAAUUUAGCAACAAAAGUCGCCUUUGGACUUGGUAUAUAUGCGACCUGGUAUUUGGUUCUAGUUUGUUUUUUUUUUUUAGAGUAAAGGGUCCUGAAAAGAAAUAGUAAACAGUCGAAUAAUGAAGAAUUUUACGUGAAUUAAGAAAUGGUAAACGUGCAGCGUGCAACCAUGGAGUUAUGGAUGCACGCGGGAGGUUGCUAAGCACGAAAGAAGCGUAAGAGUCGCACGAGGCGAUAGCCGAGUGCGACUCUAGCUUCUUGAGUGCUUAGCAAACCUCCCAAGUGCAUCCAUAACUCCAUGGUUGCACAGCUGCAACGUUUACCAUUUCUUUUAUAACAUAAUCAAAAGAGAAAAACAUUAUUUUCCAUUUGCCUUCGGUUGAGUCAUCGAUCCGAGUUCAUGUAUGCUGCCAUCUGCCCGCGCGUAAACAAAUCAUGUUCUAUGUUUUUCAAAAACUUGCCUUUGAGUUUUUCUUUCGCUGAAUCAACCGUUCUCCGUCCUCAGGUAAAUUGCAAAACGUUUUUCGUUGUUAUUCUGAAUGGCAUCUGUCUACUUGCUCUUAAUAUUAGGGUAAAAACUUUGAGGGAAAACUAUAGCCGCAACUAUAAACACCAACUAAAAGGACUGUAAAAAAUAAGGUAAAACUAAAUAAAUGAAAUAAUUAUCAAGCUUAUUUAUGUGACAAUUUUUGAAGUAAACGCAACGUAGAAAUGAGAAAAUUUGACUGUAAUUCCUUUAGAAUAACAGGUAACACUAAUUUUAAAAAGAAAUUAACUAGCUUUGUAUCGAAAUCUGUCUGGGGAAAUCAAGCUAUGAAAGUGAAAGUUGAAACUGAAAUUCGCCGACACACAGCCGGCGCUGAAGCUGUUGUUUUUCGACCGUUCUCCGAACGACUGUUAUGAAUGAACACUGAGGAACAAAAUAAUACACACAGAAGUUAUUUUUUGAAAAAUUUAUUUGAAAACCCAAAUGUUUCUGUACUCAAAUGAAAUUCGCUUAUUCCAGCGUUAUGCGCCCGUUUAAACUCAACUAAAAUUUUUAAUCGAUGCGAUGAAAACUUCACAACAAAGCUGUCUCGAAUUUGAGCGUGGUUCCUAAAAUAUUUGCUUGAAUUUAGCAUCAGCUUGACCAAAAAGUCAAUAACACAAUGCUAAUUGAUAAUUUUCCUUUCUAUAAAAAACACACAAAAUGUACCUUAAAUCUUCGCUCGCUCGAUUUUCCUUCAGCAGAUUCUAGCCGCGAGGAAAACAGUGAUUCAUUCAUCCAGGGCAAAUUUGUCGCUUGAUCUUUUGUCUUUUUUCCUUCAAAACGACAGCUUAGUAUUUUCUUCAACUUCCACUUUUCAUCUGUGCAUUUCAUCGGUAUAUUUUACCGUUAGGAGAGGAGAUUUGUUGAAUUUGCCUAAAUUUUACCGCGCUAGCUCAGUUUCUUAGCGUGCACCCACGGGAAAAUGGUAGUGGCUGACUGACCAAUCAGAGCGCGCGAUUUAGUUUUGUUAUGUUAUAAGGUAAAAUUCAUUCUGCGUGCAUAGAGCAGCUAUUUGUUCCAAAGGUUUUUUUUUAUUUCACGCUAUCACUGAUAACACUGAUAGUGUCGAUGGUGGAUAACACGGAGAGAGCACGAGAAAGUCAUACGGAUUACAGGGUGACAGUUGCAAGAAACUGCCAUUUAAUCUAGGAAAUAAUCAAUUCUGUAUGUACGUUUAGAACUUCAGACCAAUAUUUAUACCCACUUAAGUCCUUAGGGUGGUCCUUUUUGUAGAUCAAAAACCGAUGCCACAUAGCCAACAAAGAUGCUACAACACUUAAGAAAUGGUAAACGUGCAGCGUGCAACCAUGGAGUUAUGGAUGCACGCGGGAGGUUGCUAAGCACGAAAGAAGCGUAAGAGUCGCACGAGGCGAUAGCCGAGUGCGACUCUAGCUUCUUGAGUCAAAAAUAGUCAAAGGGAAGGGAUACGAUGGGAAGAGAAUAUGAAAAAAUCUGCUUCACAAAGAGGCGGGUCAGUAAAAUUUGAAGUAGGUUUUCCUCCAUUUUCUCAAUUCCUUCCCUCCCCUCUCUGAUCGGUUCCUUGUUAACUUACUCACCCACCGGGACUAUUUAUCCUUUUUUUUUUCUUUUUUUGUGGGCAUGAAGGCCCUUGAAAAUCGGGCUCGGUCCCCUAGAUCUCGCCACAGUCAGUUUUGUUAUCUAGCCAACUUUAUACUUAUGUGUAGAAUUAGUUACAGGUGUGAUCUCUUAGCGCACAUCGCAUGAUUCCGACCGGUCAAUGACAUUUAUUGUUUCUUAUGGAGCCUAUUUGCAGAACCCAAUCGAUCCACUCGUAACUGCGUUUCAGUUUUAUUGAAAAUCAAAUGCUACGGUUUGCUUAUUUAGUAGGUUUUUUCUUUUACGCGUCUCAGCUUCGAGAACAAGCCAGAACGAAUGCAGCUGUCUGUGUUUUUUGGAAUUGGCUUCGGUCUCUGAUUGAUUUCAGAUUUGCUGAUUGCCGGAUGAUCCGAAUUUCCUCAUUUCCGGGUUUCUACACUUCCUUAUAAUUUGACAAUUGUAGAGCCUAUUGAAUAGAAGGUUAAUUCGAGGUUGUAGCACUUAAAUAGCUUUUUUCUGACCCAAAAUAAAACCUGCUUAGUUCAUUUUCGAUUCUUGAGCAAACUCUCACCUCUGGACAGUUGUUUUACGUAGCUAUUUAGCUCGAACCGCGACACAGUUUCACCUGUUUUGACCUUCGGAUUGUCAGCAUGGGAUUCAAAUAUGACCGCAUAACAGUAAUUUUUUAAGGUUCAUUUACAGGAAUGUUAUGGAGUCUGGCAUCUCAGGGAUUGUGGCUCAAUUUGUGAGUCAGUGCCAGCAAUGAAUCAGUUAAGCCGUACUUUUGACAAAAUCUGCUUGAGAUAGAUCAGUUACGCUAGAGCUGAAAAUAUCGCAUAAGCUCGCUUAUUAUAUAGCUGAGUCUGUUUUCGCCAUGCGAUUGGUCAAUUUGCGGUCCGUAACUUGCUAUACGGACCAAAAUUUUUAAAGAAAAUGCUCAUUUCGGAGGUCUAAAUCUCUUUACCUCGGAAAAAAGGUUUAAAUAAAGUUAUAUUAUAAGACGCCUGUCAACCUUGAGGACUUGGAUGUUGACUUUGGCCUUCAACAUUUUAAACUUUGUUUAUUUGUGAACGAAGGCGAUGAAGAAACUAACUCGUAAUCUUAUCGAAGAGGAUUCUAGUCAGUGUUUGAAAAUUUUAUCGCAGUACACGGCUAAGAAGACGAAAAUCGACUGGCAGAGACUCGAGAUGUUUUGCCUAAGAGAAAUGAGUAAUUCCUUCGACACAUAUAAUAACAAACAUAACUGCACCCGAUUAUCUUGACAAGCUUCUUUGCCGUUUGCCUUGUUUUUUCAAAGACCAAAGAAUGAAAGAUAAAAGCGAGUUCGAGCCAGACACAAUGUCCAGUUUUCAACAGACUCCAGCGUCACACUAACGAGUGAAUACUUACAGUGCUCUUAGUUUUGACCGAAUAAACUUUAAAAUAUGUCUGUAGACCCUAAGGACUGGGAUGUUGACUUUGCCUUUCCAAAUUUUAACCUAGCUUUGUUUUAAAGAGAACGAAGCUGAUGUACAAACUGAAUCGUAACCUUACCGAGGAAGAGAAUUUUAGUCAGUGUUUGAAAAUUUUAACGGCAGAUCACAAUUGAAGACGAGAAUGAACUGGCGUAAAGAGAGGUUUUCCCAAAAACAAUUAACGAGCGAAUCCUUUGACAAUGACAACAAACGUACCUUGAAAAGCUCCUUUGCCUUUUGCAGUGUUUUUUUACAAGGACAAACGGAGGAAAUAUGGAAACGACUUCUAGACAGACACAGUGUUCGAUUGCCAAAAUACUCCAGUGUUACAUUAAAAAGCUAAAACUUACAGUGCUCUUAGUUUUGACUAAAUAAACUUUUUCAACAUGGCGAAUUUGUUUUUACUUUCUCGGAAAGCCUUUGUUAUGUGCUAUUGUUUUCGUGCGCCAAUGAAAACUUUCUUUUUUGACGCCAGUCAAAUGACUGUCAAAUCGUGCGUCCUGCACUUGUUUCCGGUCCCCCAAACAGGAAGAAGCCAUAUAACAAACACCUUAGUAGCCUCGUUUUUUCGGUCCGUACUCUAAAUUACGGACCGAGUUUUUUUCCAUCGAUUUAUGGUCUGCGCGCUUCGCGCUUGGGCCAUAAAUCGAUGGAAGAAAACUCGGUCCGUAAUUUAGAGUACGGACCGAAAACUCGGCUAAUAAGAGGUAUAUAUGCGUUGAUACAAACGGUCAUAACUUUUAAAAUACUGAAAUUGUACAUGGGUUUUCGUAUAUUCUUAAUAACAGAUUAUCUGUCUUUUCGUCUGUUUGGUCUAGAACGUUCAACUAGGUCCCAAAGGUCAGAAAUAAGCUUUUAAGCCUGGGUCAUUUUUGACCUUUCGCGUCGCUACUAUAUUGUGCUUGAUUUUGCCUUUUCAGCUAAAUUUAGCUAUUACUUUCGGGAAAAACUAGAGCUGUUUACCUAUAAAUAGACACAAAAUUCAUUGGCAGAUGGUGCAAAUCAAACGUUUUGCAGCGCCCCAAAAAUGCCUAAUUUUUUCAAAUUUCAUGACGUGCAAACUGGCCGUGGCGGAUGAAAAUACUCAGGGCUCCCAGCGCGGCCAGAAAAUUAUUGUGAAUCAAAGCAAACCUAUCUUAGAUAUAGUCUUGAUAAAGCCUUUCACUUGCCGGAGUUUCAGCGAAAAUUAUUUUUCACGAGAAAUUGAGUGGGUGGUUUUAAAGGAGAGAACCUCGUACAGCGGUUACCACUAACACGCGCCCUCCUUGAAGGGUUUUUUCUUCAGUUCAAACCUGCGGCUUGGUGGACGUCAAUCAACCGUUACCAUGGUUUUCACGCGUUGGCCAAGAGAAGAUUCUUUCCCUGUUUCUCGAGCACUCGCAAGAACAUGUCAGCGUUUGAGCCGUUUUGACAAUAUUUUGCUACAGGAUCUGACACCGCUUCAUGUCAAGAUUACGAGGAGUACGAAUUUUUUAAGUUACAACUACAUAUUAAGCUUUCUCAAUGCACGCUCGCAACUCGUCUGAGUUCUUGCUAGUUCAGGAUUCUAUAAGAUAACAUGAAGAACGAUCAGUAGAUCUGCAGGUUCCAAAAUUCAUUUUCGAAUUGAACAGCCUCCGUUCAGAGGAAACCUUUGUCCCUUGUCUGUGUGUUAUCUUUCGUUUCUUUGAAUUUAUGCUCCUCGGCAGUUCGUCCACGGCUCCCGUGUUUUCAUACAAUUAAAGAAAUAAACAACCUGAAAACCUUCACGUUAACUACACGUAUAGAGAUUAUUUUGGCCAUUUCACUCAGCUUGCAGAAACCUCGUUUUUUUAACGUAAUCCUUCAGCUUAAUGAAAUGAAUAAAAUUAAAAAGGCUGUCGUCAUUCGAAAUUAUUCUAGUAAGUCUUCGCCCUUCAUUCAGCGACGGGGGAACCUGCUCUGUCAGUGGACGUGGGAAAACCAUGGAAACAGUUGUUUGACGUCCACGAAAACUCAGGUUCCAACAAAGAGGAAAAACCAUUCGAGGUCAUUUGCGUGUUUGUGGUAACCGCUGUAAUACUGAAUAACAAAUACCUGAUAAAAGUACCUCGAAUCAAGACUUUCGCUAAAAGCUUUCUUUUAUCACUCAGAUGGCAACUGAGUAUUCUAUACAACUUGCUCUUUCUAUUGGCCAGCAGGAAAAAAGUGUUUAUUAGCUAAGUAAAGCAGGAGAAUGUGCAUUUUUAAAUUGAUAACAGGAGGCCAUUCAUAGCGUGUCUCAAAUCUUGAAAACGUGCAUCAAGAAAUAAUUACGCCGGAGAUAAUGAAAAAAGUCGAACGAGACAGGAAAAUAAUACCUUAGAUGAAGCUUUAGAGAGGCAGAAAAUGAGGUCAGAAACACACUUUGCUGUAAAAGCCUGUAUAAAUUCAAAACGCAGCCAUCUAUGAAUUCCGUUUAUGUGUUUCCUCAACCGCAGAUAUAUACAACAAACUAUCAAACCAGAUUUGAACAUAAAAAACAGCCUAAUAUUCAUAACAGCUGUAUUUCUUGUUGUCGCAGCCUUGAAGGAACACGAAAAAUUUUAAAACUAAAAUUGCACAACGUUCAGUUGUCAGUAAACAAACUUCAAGAUGCUACAUAGGUAAGUUUUUAGGCACGAAUUCACCUGUGAAUUCACUUUUCCCAAUCUGUGACCAGACCAAGCUAAUAAUGUAUUUUUUCAAGUUUUUUGUCGCAAAUCAAACAAAAGAAACUUCAAGACUUUUUCUGGAACAACUCCAUUGGCUGACUGUAGGUGAACUGGUUAACUUUUCACCAAGAUAAACGUAAGCUGCGCGUGUCUUGGACUAACCCUUCCCUUCUCUUGCAGAAUCGCAACACCCCUAACCACACAGUGUAUAUGGUCGGGUGGGUAGACGGGCAUACGCUGACGUCAUAACCAAAUUUUCUCGCAUCGAUAGGUUUUCAAUUUUUAUAGCAUUGACAGCUAAUGGAGGCUUUUAAUAUGCUUUCGGAGAAAAUAUCAACAGCGCUUAACAAUAGCAAAAUAUCUGAUCCACCUAUUUUGAAACGUCUAGGCCAACCUGAUAUCCAUAUGACUCUUUCAAAUCUCAACCUCGAUGUCAGAAUCCUUUUGCAGGGUCAUUGGGCAGUCAUCUCUAGCCUAUCCCUUUUUUUAACCUUACAUUGAACAGCAUGCAAUGCGCAAACCUUUGUUAAUCAAGCUAGAAAGUGACUGGAGUAAUUAUCAUGGGGGGCGUCUAUUAAACAGGGGGCGCGUUUGUUAGAGAUGGGCGUCUUUUGCAAACUUGAAAACUUAAGGUAAUUCCCUUGAAAUUGUUCUACUAUCAAACCUUUUUUUAAUCUUAGCAUAAUCAACAUUCGUGAUAUGAACAUUAAAAAAAUGCAAUAAAAAGAUGGGGUCACCGUGCUUGUUUACGCGUCAGCAGGUUCUUAAACUGGGGUAUUUUUACUGGUUGCGCGUUGAAAAUUCGAAUCACCUUCUUACAGAAUUAAGUCUUUGUUACUUGAAACACACAAAAGUUUAUCUUGAACAUAAAGCUUCUUUUAUUCAAAUAAGCAGUAUUGCUUCAUUUAAUCCAUUUUUGAUUGCCUGGUUGUGGGGAUAUUGUACUUUUUCGGACAGUUCCGUGGUUGGCUUGAAGUCUUCACCUUGACACAAAUACACCAGGUACGAAACUAUUUUCCAAAAAAAUCAUGUUCUACUAUCAAUUUUUUUUUCUUGUGUAGAUAUGUUCUUUAUUAGACUGUUCUUCGCAAAUGCAAAUACUGAGUGUAAAAAAAAUUGGGGGUCAUCGUGCUUGUUUCCUCACAAAAAGCUGUGAAAGGUGGACAUGGUUUUGAGAUGGCAGUCAGAAUGAAUAAUUUGCGCUGCGGGGACUGUGGCGAGAUACAAAAUAGCGCCCAUCGUGUUCGAAGUAUGCACUCGAGAUUAAGCCUGUUUUCGGUUGUUUUUAUCCGUUUGAUAUUGCCAACACAGACAUUCAUACUUAACAAGAGUACCAUAAAUACCAAGGAAUGAGGUAAGUCAAAAUUUGAUGAGAUUUUGGAGUUAUGAACCUUUAUUUUAGAGUAUUUUGUAUCGCCGGUGUUCUGUUUAAUUCCAGUGAGCUCGGGAUCGAUUUUUUGCUUUUGCGCAAUAAUGCUUGACAAAGAAACUUAAAGAAAAGACUAUUGAUUCCUAUUCUUCAUAUGUUCGCUUGUUUGGUUUCUAUAUACAGCAAAAUGUGAAUUCAGCGGCAAACUUCCUGUCAAAGAUUGGUCUUCUUCGCAUGGUUCUGGUGCUACGGUGGAUCUAAUUUGUUCCAGAAAUAUUCGUCUCUCCGCGCUUAAGUUUGAACAAGAUAUGCACAGUAGCGAUCCCAGGACAGAUAUUGGCUCGUGAAUGCAAUUGGAGAGUCGUACAGCUGUCCCACAGGCUUCACAGCCACCAUCCAAAGCCUCAGCCACGACAUUUUAAUAAUUCCACAACUCGACGGCCGCGAAGUGAAAAACCACUGCAGACAUCGGGAUCACGCACAUUUCUUUCAUUUUCUUGUUUUUCGAUAGCAAACCAGGAAGCUCUUAGCCGAUCUGCGCCAUUAUUAUUGCGAAUAAAAGCUUUAGCUGUGCAAAAGCGGCUCUUGUUUUUUCUUUUCGCGCUAGCGGGAAGAACCGCCGCCAUCUUGGAUGUCGCAAUAUUAUGCGCAGUAUAGCGUGCGCAAUGCAAAACAAGGGAAUUACCUUAAGGAGGCGUUUAUCAGACAAAAGGCGUUCAUUUGAGAGCGGGCGUUAAUUACGUCACUUUCUGUAACUGGACUUGUCAAAAGGAGUACCUUCAUUUAAACCUAAACUGGCUUUUUAAUUUAAGGUCACUGGUAGUAAAGAAAUUUUUGACCGCUUGAGUUCUUACAAAGGCUGUCAUUCGGGAUUCCUUGAGUCUAGUGGUAGUGAUAUGAAUAUAGUUUCUUUUCUCUCCCAGGACCUUUAAUUCUUAAAAAUUGAUUACGGCAAUACUAACAAUAGUUGACAAAAGUCCCGUUCCGGCCAUAUACAGACAUAUCAUCUUAUGACAAAUCCCGAAAGUGACAACACGACAAUACCUAACAAAAUGCUAUAAUAAAAAUGGGUGCGCUUUGAAGUAACUGAAAAAAUAUAUUUAAUUAAAUGAACUUGAAGUUCCUAAAAUUAACCUUAAUACCAGCACGGCAUAUGCAUCGCGUAAAUGUCAGAUAAGCUUUUAAGCUUCAUUAAGUCUGGCUCCAGGCAAACUUUUCAUCCUCGCAAAUAAGUUAAUUCUAACAAAAAAAAAACUUGUUCAAGUAGUAAUAGUUGAAUACUUAUUGAAGUGAAUAGGUACAUGAAUUAAAUACGAAAGGAUCAAGAAAGACAUUAAGAUGAGGACAUGUCUCUAAUACACUUUCUAAGUUUGCAUGGUAUAUCUUUCACUAAAAUUUGAUCUAAAAGCAAGUUAAUUUUACAGGUGAUUGCCUCAUAUCAACCAUCGACGAAUUUGUCAGUGAAAAAACACCCCAUUGAAAUAAUUGAUGAUUUACUGGCAAGCGAUCAUGCUUGGGAAGGAAUGAGGAGCAGUUUUGGUGAUACAAUAAACCUUUCUGCAGGGGAUGCGAAGGACGUGGUAAACUAUUACAGCAGACUACUUGCUAUUGCCAAACAUCGGGGAAAUAAAAGAGCCGAAGGAGCUGCGUAUGGUAUUCUUGGUUUUGUUUUUCUGACUCAGCUUGACUACGAAAAGACCAUAGAAUAUUUCAGCCGUACUCUUGAUAUUGCCAAAGAAUUGGGAGACAAGAAGAUGGAAGCAUAUUACUGUCAAUCUCUGGGCGAUAUUUUCCUAAAAGUCGGCAAUCUCAAUAAAGUCAUUGAGUACCAAAACGUUGCACUCAGUCUUUCAGUUGAUCUGGGAGAAAAACUUGUCGAAGGUACUGCUUGUAACGGUCUUGGUAAUGCUUUUCGAGGUUUGUGUAGGUAUAAAGAAGCAAUAGACUACUACAACGGCUGUCUCAGUGUUGCAAAGGGCUUGGAUGACAAGGCGUUAGAAGCAACCGCGUAUGGCAAUCUCGGUCAUGCUUUUGAGUGUCUUGGUGACUACAAACAAGCCCAAAUUUUUAACAACCAAUGUCUUAGCAUUAACAAAAGUUUAGGACACACGUCUGGAGAGGGAAUGAUGUACACAAAUCAUGGCAAUGUCUAUUCUGGCUCUGGUGAUUACAGAAAAGCCCUAGAAUAUUACAACAGGUCCCUUAAUAUUGCAAGGAAUACAGGAAACAAGAGGAAAAUGGCACUGGUGUAUGGAGGUCUAGCAAAUGCUUCCCUUGAUCUUGGAGACACAAAAAACGGAAUACAAUACGCCAAUCUGCAACUAACUUGUGCCAAAGAAAUGGGAAACAAAGAUAUGGAAGGAAGUGCGUACGGCACCCUUGGACAUAUUUAUAAGAGGCUUGGAGACUACAAGAAAUCCAUAGAAUAUGGCAAUCUCCACCUUGACAUUGCCAAAGCUGUUGGAAACUUGGAAGCUGAAGGCGGCGCGUAUGGUGGCCUUGGUUGUGUCUUUGACAGCCUCGGAGAUUUCGAAAAAGCCAUUGACUACCACAAACAACAUCUUCAUCUUGCUAGAACCAUUGGAGAUAAAGAUGGGGAAGCAAUUGCAUAUGGUAAUCUCGGCAACGCUUAUCUUGGCCUUGAGGAUUUCACUGCAGCCCUCCACUUCUUUCAACAACGUCUUAGGAUUGCGAAAGACGUGGGAGAUAAGGCAGGGGAAGGUCGUGCAUAUGGCCACCUCGGCGGCACUUUUCAACGUCUUGGAAACUACAAGAAAGCCAUAGACUAUUACAACCUGCGUCUCUGUAUUGCCCAAGAAGUGGGAGACAAGGCUGGGGAAGGGGCUGCCUGUGGCUAUUUAGGUACCGUUUCCCAGUUUCUUGGUGACUACAACAAAGCUAUCGAUUGGCACAACCAACAACUUACAAUUGCUAAAAAUAUAGGAGAUCAAGGCAUGGAAGGUCUAGCCCGCAGUUAUAUUGGACAAUGUUUUGAGAUGCUGAAAGUUUUACCUAAAGCACUAGAAAACUACCAAACAAGCGUUGAGGUUUUCAAUCAAAUGAGGAGUCUACUUCAGUCUGAAGAUAAAUGGAAGAUUGGAUUUCGGAACGAAUGUAACUAUGCUUACACAGGCCUUUGUCGAGUUUUGUUAAAACAAGAAAAGAUUGAUGAAGCUCUGGCUGCUGCCGAAGAAGGUCGGGCCCAGUCACUAGCUGAUCUUAUGACAUUCCAGUAUGCUUUUCAUGAAGGUCAAACCGAAGGAAAGCGCCUUGACGAAGAGGAAUUCGGCAUGUUAAACAAUACUUCAUCAAGCACGAUUUUUCUAUCUGUGUCAGAAAAUAAGAUAAACAUCUGGUUACUUUUGAAAGAAAAACCUGUUCUUCACCGACAGAAGACACUUUGCCACCAUUUUGCAGAAAAUGCAGCAGCUGAAACAUUACAGUCCCUAAUCCAAUUUGCCUACAAAAACAAUGAUGUUCGUGCAAAUGUUAACUGCGAGAAUCGGUCGUUAGACGUGUUACGCGAAAACUGCUUUACUGUAAAACGAUCAUCCAAAAAGUUCUCACAUCAAAUUCUGCAAGAGGAUAACCCUCCCCUAGCCGCCUUGUACAGCUAUGUUAUUGCCCCAAUUUUGGAUCUCAUUGAGGGCGAUGAGCUAAUAAUUGUCCCGGAUGGUCCAUUAUGGCUUGCUCCGUUUCCUGCAUUACUGAAUCCUUUUUCCAAAUACUUGUGUGAAUCCUUUAAAGUCAGAUUAAUUCCAUCGCUGACAAGUUUGAGAAUUAUUGCUCAUUGUUCAAAAUUCCACAGCAGUAGUGGAGCUCUAGUUGUAGGAGAUCCAGACAUGAGUGAAGUUACCAACAGCCAAGGAAAUCAGAUCCUGGAACAGCUUCCUUUUGCCAGGCAAGAAGCACAGAUGAUUGAGCAGAUUCUUAAUACUGCACCUCUCACUGGAAAUUUGGCCACCAAACGUGAAGUGCUAAAACAGAUCAGUUCGGUUGCAGUAGUACACAUUGCUGCACAUGGACGCAUGGAAACCGGAGAGAUAGCGUUGAGCCCGAAUCUUAAAAGAAAAUCACAGACCCCUGCAGAAGAGGAUUACAUGUUGACAAUGGCAGAUGUGAUGAGUGUGAAGCUGCGAGCCAAGCUAGUUGUUCUUAGUUGCUGUCACAGUGGUCGAGGAGAGAUUAAAGCUGAAGGCGUGGUCGGUAUUGCACGCGCCUUUAUGGGUGCUGGUGCUCGUUCUGUUCUGGUGUCCCUGUGGGCCAUCGAUGACGAGGCCACGUUGGCGUUCAUGAAAAGCUUCUACCACAACCUUGUUAAAGGGCGAAGUGGCAGCGAUUCCCUUAACCGCGCAAUGAAAUGUCUCAGAGAAUCCGAGAAGUUCGGCGAUUUAAAAUACUGGGCGCCUUUUACACUUAUAGGCGAUGACGUCACUCUCGACAAACAAGAAGAAAUCAGGGUCUCAUAA